CGUGUAUGUCGUCGCUCGGGCAUCCCUUGAACCGCCGGCCAGAUCGAUACCCGGUAAGCGUGGUUGACAUGCCUCACCAAGCUUUGCUGCCCACACAAAGCCCGGAUCCGCUGCCCACCUUGAACGCUAUCAGGUCGAUUGCCUCAGACAUUCUCGGUGGUGCCUCUGCUCAAACACCCGGGGUACCGGAAACUAGUGUCGCAGCGGGGUCGGAAAUGCCGGCGGCUCGUAAGCACCCGAGGGUUAGCCGGUGCGAAUCGAUGACGGUGAAUCUGUCGCCGGCUCGAUCAUUCGUGGGUGGCGUUCAAUGUCGUCUCUCGCCCGGACCUGUGACCUGGCCAUUAGCAGUAAAGGGCCCCGACUUGGCUCCAGCACAGCCAAGUCGGGAGCAAUGGAUAAACAUACAAAAAUAAAAUAUACAGGAAAACGAAAGUAAUCAAGGAAAAGCCUGCAACAAGGAGAAAAGAAAAGGGGAAAAGACUACCAACAGCAACGGUGGAUAUCUCGCGCUUUGAUGAUCCACCGACUUACGGUAACGACUGUGGUGACCUCGCUAAACUGGACACUCUUCACCGACUUACCCUUGCGAGCCGCAGACUUCGCAGCCGAAGCUGCUCCGUCCUUGGUGGACGCAAGGGCUGCAUCGGAUCGAGCCCUGGCCUCGCGGGAUCGGUAAUACGCCUCCCGCAACGCCUGAAGGCGAGACGGACGGCUAUUACCAGAAGGAGUGGACGUGGUCCGAGGAGCCACAGGAGAAGGAAUGGACGUGGUCCGAGGAGCCACAGGAGAAGGAGAGGACGUGGUCCGAGGAGCCACA